CACAUCCCGCGCCAAUUCGUAUCCCCUUCUCCAAACCCCUCCCUGCGCCUCGUGGGCCUAUUGCGCUCACCAUUUGCGGCAUUAUCCCAGGCUCUGUUGCAUGCUGCAGCUGAUCCUGCCCUCAGCUUGGCUGCAGAUCGCCUUUGACACGGGCGUACGACUGGGCUCGCCACAUGAACCCGCAUGCAGGGACGCUUUGCGUUGGGUUCUUUGCCGCCGUUGUGCCACAGGUUUACAGUCACUGGUUCUAGCCUUGCCUUCAGACGAACGCGCGCAAAAUGACGCUCACCCGUGGCGAUGUGGAGAACAACCCAGAGCACCUGGAGUCGCUUCUAGGAGAAUAUCAUGAUGUUCGGCGAGGCUGGCAUCCUGACUACCAAAGCUGGCGCAUUUUCCACGCCCUUUCAUUCUUUAUUGGCGGCUCUACUUUCAUUGCCGGCACGGUCUGCCUGUUCUUCCCGGGCUAUGACACGCUAUCGGCGAUGCUGUACAUCAUCGGCUCGCUGGGCUUCCUGGCGGUGGAUGUGCAGGAGUUCUUCACCUUCAGCGGGGGGGUGCUGCGAGCCAACAUCGCCAUGAGCAUGGCCGGCAGCACCCUGUACGUCAUUGGCUCGGCGGGCUUCCUGCCCGCCGUGUUUGCCUGGUGGAGCGCUGUGGGCAUCUGGGGCUUCAUCGGCGGCUCGGCCGUCAUUGGCGUGUCGCAGGCGAUCAAGACGUACCGCAUCGGCUGCACCAACACCUCGGGCCGCUUCUGCCUGCGCCACCUUCUCACCGACCCGGACGCAUGCACCGCAGCGGGCGUGGAGAUGGGCGCCUGCGUCGGAGCCUGGUGCUUCUUCUUCGGCACGGGGCUGUUCAACCGCGGCCCGCUGGACGGCCCCGAGUCCGUGCUGCGCGCCGUGCUGUGGACCUGGGUGGCGGGCAGCUGCUUCUUCACGGCGGGGGCGCUGUGCCUGGCCUACCGCCACUUCCGCAUGAACAUCGUGUAGCGCGCGCGACAUGGCGUGCUGCUGCUGUUGUGUGUGUGUGUGUGUGUGUGUGUGUGUGUGUGUGUGUGUGUGUGUGUGUGUGUGUGUGUGUGUAGUGCACGUGCUGCGUGUGGUCAAGUGAAGGCGUGACAACGGCGCCGCGUGGUGUGACAGUACGUGGAAAGUCCGGAGGUGCGCGUGAAUGAUAUUGAUGCGCGCUGCUAGUCGCUAAACUCGCCAGCAUAAACAAUGUGAGCAUUAGAGUUUGGGCUUCGCACCCGAUCCCAGAAUGGUCGUGCGGCCUGCUCGGAAGAGAAGUGGCAAGGGCUGGCCUCCCCACCGGCCACCGCAGGUGGCGUCAAGCGCGGCAUACAUGGGGACUUGACUGCUGGAGGGAAAAGACAUACGGAGCAAAUUGAAAUGGUUAUGCUUGCACUGCUGUGAACACGGUAGCUGCAUGCGCAUGAGGGAGGAGUGGCGGCUGGACACUUGAUGCGAGGUCCUAGUGAUGACGCAGUUGUGUACUCCUGGUUUGGCAGUGUUCAGUCCUCGAAGCGCAGUGUCCAAAAUGGAGUUUGCAGGGGUGGAUUGUGGAAAUGUUCAGUCCUGGAAAGGAAGUGGUGACGCAAGGUACAGAGUGAGAGCUGUCUCCUCCACAAUACAUGGGUGGCUGAAUAAGAAUGGGCGGGGGCGGGGACUUGAUUUCUUUGUGAUUGCUGCUUCCAGUGGAGAUGUGCGAGUACCGUCGUUUCGGGGUGCUCUCGCCAGUCCUUGUGUUGACAGAUACGUGCAGGCUGCGGUGGCGGCGUGUGCAGGGCCCAGGUAGCGCCCGGGUUUAAGCUGGGUGGACCCACAGCCGUGGUGACAGUACAUGCCCCCGCUCCGUUUUGCGUAGCUAGGAGUUGUUGCGGACGCACGCAAGGAGCCUGGAGCUGGCAUGCAUGUGCUCACAGGCAUGCAGGCUGUUUUGUUGGUGGGUCCGAUGCACAGCAGCGAGCAAGCGUCGUGUUCACGGCAUGGUACGCCAAUGUUGGACAUCGGUUGCACGCUGGGGCGGGCCGUGCUCCUUGUGCACCACGACAGCAGGGCUUGCAGCCGCGGGUAGCCGCAACUUCUACUGGUGGUGGUUGCGCGUACGGCCACCCAGUACUGAGUAUAAGAAUGUACGUGUGCGUCGGCACCGCCGUGUGCAAACGGUAUGGCACCGUGUAUGGGAUGCACGGACGUACCGGUACACGGUACCGACGGUAUGUGAAGAGUUGGAGUAUGGAAAGCGGUGCAGAGUUGAGUUGCAAAAGUAGGUGCGCUGGAAAGGGAAACGGCACGGUAGCCCAAGGGCAAUAGAACACGUUAGAACACGAGGUAAUGAAGGCAUCAGGGGGAAGGCAUCUCAUCUGGAGUGAGGUGCACGACCUUGCGUACGCGCGGCGAGGACAUGAUGCAGGAUGAGUAGGAUGCAUCCGGCUCUAGUUCUGUCGGGUUUUGUAGCACGGUAUUAAGUGAGGAUGCUC